AUGCAGAAUAUUUUAUCCUUUAUUUCCGGUUCAAAACCGAGUUCUGAUAACAAAUCAAAAGUUAAAAACCAAUCAGAUGAGGAUAAAAGUUUUAAAAACAAAUUCGAUAUUUUCUCGACAAUCUUUUCAAAAUCAUCUGAAAACAUCAAUGAUAAAGAUAAAUCACCAAGUGAGUCUCAACACCAAUCGGCUAACAAAGAAAAGAUGGAAAAACUUAGUCGGAAAAAAAUAAAUAGUUCUGGAGGUUCUUCUGUUUCGAGCAACAAUGAAUCAAAGCGUAGCAAAUAUAGAAACUAUUCUUUCGAAAAAAUUGAACAAAAAAUAAAAUUGAUUAACACUUUGGAAAAUGAAAUAAAACAUUUGGAUAAAAUCAAAAAGAAAGUUGGACCCAAGAUCACUAUUCCUGGAAAAGAACGAAACGUUGAAUAUGAAAUUAUUGAAGUUGAUGAAGAAACAGAAAAAGCACUACGGAAAAAAAAAGAAGACAAAAUAAAAAAAGAAACAGAAGACAAAACACGAAAAGAAUUUGAUAAAAUAAAAAACGAAAACGAAUUACUGGAACAUUCUAAAAAUAGAAAAAACAGAAAAACAAAUUAUGGAAACAAAAAGUUGAAUAUCAAAGAAGAAAAUGCUAAAUGUGCAAAUUUACAAUUUUUAUAUUAUUAUUAUUAUUAUUUAUAUUAUAGCAUGUGGAUGAAAAACCAAUCGAAACCUCAACACCCACAAUUUAUUCAAAAUAAUAUAGUCAUCAACACUAAUGGAAAGUCAAAGAUGGGGCCCUACUUGAGAAAAUUGAGAAAUUUAAACAAGCUGUGA